GUUCCCCCAUGUCGACCUUCCUGGGAACUCCUCGCCCCUCUACCUUAAUCUGGACCUCUGACCUCACAGCCCAGGGGGCCAGACUCUUAGUAGCGGACUCCCAAGGGACUCUGCUAGCUGCCGAUAGGUGCUUCCCUACCAGCAGACCGUUUUCGAUAAACCUGGGAAUUUCUCCGGAUCCCAGAACUCUAAAGCUUCUUUGGCCUCCUUUUUACAGGCAGCAACCCGGCGUGGUCCCUCCACAAGGUGCUGGACUUAUUUUCCUAUCCCAGGUUUGAGGAGCAGCCUUCCUUGAAGAGUGCUUUCAACCAAACCCUGUCACUGGUUGCUCUGGCAAUGAGAUCUCGCAGCUAGUCACUCGUGUAUUUAAUCUCUUUCACCCCGUUCGGCCCGGCCGGUGCACUCAGGACGUGCCUCCGCCUUAACUAGAAUGGAGAGGACUUUCUAAAGACUGCAGCUACGACUUGUCGCUCG